AUCUCAAUUCCACUUCAAAGCUAGCGGCGGAAGAAAUGUCGAUCGUGGAUCGUCUGCUAAACCCUAAGCCGCAGCCACCGGCGGCGAGCCUCAGCCGGAUGAAGUCGAAUGCCGCUGACGAAUUGAAGGCCUUCCGCUCCUGUCUCCGAUGGAUGGGCGUCGACCAUUCUACCGCCAGCAGCGCCGCCCUUUCCUGGACCAUCUUCUUCGUCCUCACCAUCGCUGUUCCAUCCAUCUCCCACUUCGUCCUCGCCUUCUCCGCCCACCGCCGCCCCUACGACGCUGCGCUCCAACUUUCCCUCAGCUCCGCCGCCGCGUUGGCUUUCCUAUGCCUAUCUUCCGCUUACCAUCGAUACGGCCUCCGCCGGCUUCUCUUCCUAGACGAGCUUCGUCGCGAGAGCCCCCGUGUCCACGCCGGCUACACUGCCCAGCUCGGCCGUUCCUUCCGCAUCCUCUCCGUCCUCGUCACCCCUUGCCUCGUCGCUGAGUUCGCCUAUAAGAUCUGGUGGUACAUUUCAGGAGCCCGACGCAUCACCUUUCUCGGCAACCCGGCCGCAAGCGAUGCUGUCGCCUUUGCCCUCGAGCUCGCCUCCUGGAUCUACCGCACAGCCAUCUUUCUUCUCGUCUGCGUUCUCUUCAGGUUGAUCUGCCAGUUGCAGAUCCUGAGGCUGCAGGAUUUCGCGGCGGUAUUCAGGGAGGAGUCGGAAGUGGAGGCGGUGCUCCGGCAGCAUCUCAGGAUAAAGAAGCAGCUGAGGGUGACUAGCCAUCGCUUCCGGUCCUUUGUCAUUAUUUGCUUGGUUCUCGUCACUGCCAGCCAACUUACGGUGUUGUUUCUCGCCACCAGGCACAACGCUGAUGUCCGCCUCUUCAACACCGGCGAGCUUGCCCUUUGCUCUAUCACAUUGGUGACAGGGCUGCUCAUAUGCCUGCGAAGUGCGGCAAAGAUAACCCACAAGGCUCAAGCUCUCACUAGCCACGCAGCCAAAUGGCAUGUUUGUGCCACCAUUGACUCCUUCUCUCACGACCCUGAGGCGCCAUGUAACACUCAACUCGAAGAAGGCGAUGAUGAUGAUGAUGUCGAUGAUAAGUUUUAUGAAGAGGAGGCCAAGUCUGAGGACGAGCUCGAGGACACCAAGCUCGUGCAUCCACAAGCUAACACCAUCACCUUCCAAAAGCGACAAGCGCUUGUUACUUAUUUUGAGAACAACAAGGCGGGGAUUACGAUAUUUGGGUUCGUACUGGACAGGACAUGGCUACACACUGUCUGCAUGCUGGAGUUGACCCUGUUCUUAUGGCUGUUGAGCAAGACGAUUGGGAUAUCCUAAGUAAAUCGAUCCCAUAUUUGAUUCAUUCUUUGUCCCUGUAAAUUAAUUAUUUGUAUUAUAAAAUGACUAUUGCUGUGCUAGCUAGUUAUGUUGAUCACUGGAUACUUCAAUCUGCAUCGGUUUGAUAUGAAAUCCUUAAAAAAUGAA